AUGAGCGGCAGAGGAAAAGGAGGUAAAGGACUCGGGAAAGGAGGGCCAAGCGUCACCGUAAAGUCCUCCGAGACAAAUCCAGGGUAUCACCAAGCCUGCCAUCCGUCGUUUGGCACGCCGUGGCGGUGUGUGAAGCGUAUCUCAGGUCUGAUCUACGAGGAGGCCCGCGGGGUGUUGAAGGUUUUCUUGGAGAACGUGAUCCGUGACGCCGUCACCUACACCGAGCACGCAAAGAGGAAGACCGUGACUGCCAUGGACGUGGUGUAUGCGCUGAAGAGACAGGGCCGCACCCUGUACGGCUUCGGAGGUUAA